AUGCUCCUUCAUCCUACUCUACAAGAUCAACAGCUUCCUCCAAACUUCCUCUACGACUCUCAGCAGUCGUUCAUUACCGACGACCAACACCAACCCUCUCUGGAGUCGCCUUUCCACUCUCCAUCGCGAGUACACUUCUCGCCCUCGUCGGGCUCCACCUCGCCUACCUUUUCGUCGCCGGUCUUCUCGACGACGCGCUCGCCAGUGACCACCGUUUCGGGCGACUUCCCAACAACUUUUGAGGGAAGUCUGCUCGAAGCACAGCCCAUGAGCGUCGUCUCAUCAUACGACCCUUCCUUCCACAGCAGCUCACAGAUUGCCCCUGCGCCGUAUCCUGCGACGCAGUACUCGACAUCGUCGUUUCCAACAGACGCCCCCAUGCUAGCACAGCAGGGAAUGGUUGCCAACACACACUCCUGGGACAGCGACGCCGCCAACAUCCAGCUGCUUAGCCCAGCGCAUGCACAAAACGGCCUCGCCCGACGGACUGGCUUCCAAAGUGUACAUAAGAGAGCUGCUUCCGGAUCCUCCGGCAAGACGGGAUCGAAUUCGCCACAUGCACCUGCCCUGAGAAAUCAGCACAGCUCUUCCCUGGGUAGUGUAGCUGAAAACUUCCAGAACUCGAACAAGUCGCUGCCUACUCCUGUCCAGACGCCAGUUCACAAUUCUUUCCUGGCCCCAGCCUUCCAAAACUACGACCCCUCUGGCCAGAACGGCGAUAAUGUGGUAGUCGAACAGGCAAUGCGACAGGCAGUCAUGGAGCAACAGCAUCCCAAGCCACAGCAGGCAGCAGCGGAUGACGAAGGCUCAUUCCAUUACUCUAUGGCGCCGUCAGUGUCGAGUCUGAGUCAUCAAAAUUCCCCUGUGACUCCUCAAACUACAUAUGACGAGUUCGAUGACGGAUCGAAGGCGAUUGUCCAUGGUGAGGACCGAUUUCUUGACUUUGACCGCUGGAUGGAUGAUUACUUACAAUUCGAUGCGCUUCCAGACUUUAACGGUCAAGGAGUGGCUGCGAUACCCGUUGGGGUGCCUAAGCUGAACCGGACCAUCUCCGAUGUCUACCAAGACGAACUCUACAAUACUACCGUGAUGCCUACACCCCAAGUGCGAAAGAACCCUCAUCAGCAGCUUCUUACUGCGCCGUAUCGGAAUCUCUUUGCCGACCGCCUCAACGCUGCCAACCAGGGCCACCUCUCUGCUCGAUCGCAAUCACCUGUCAAUAACGCGAUAAACCGGGAACGAUCACCUUUCCGUCACGGGUCGCCACUCGCUUCCGAAUUCCGUGGUUCCCGUCUCCAGACCUCAUCCGGGCUAGGGUCAGCUCUGCAAUUGCCUAACGCCAAUGGGAUGAAUCUACAGGCGGACAAUGCUGGUGAAGUCAAGACCAUCUCUCCCAAGGAUGCUCUUCUGGAGUAUCACGAGGGACCUGACGAGUCCGCCAACGGGCUGCCUUCGCUGUUCCCAUCCAACGACUUCGUCAGCGCAGGCAACCUGGCAUCUCGUCGAUCGAGUUCUAGCACUUUCCAGCCUACACUACCAUACACGCAGAUGGAAUCAUUCUCGAACCAAUACGUUACGCAAGCUGCCAAUCUUCAACAGCAGUUGAACUACUUGCAACAGCCACAGACUCGUCACACCAACGACAGUCUGAUCCAGCAGACACCUGAAUUUCCGGUGUCCUUGACUACGAUGGAAUCUACCAAGAGCGAAUCGGUUUCACUUGAUACGAAGCGCCCUGAGGACACCUCUUCCGACUCGGGUACCUAUUCCUGCACCUAUCACGGCUGCACUCUACGGUUUGAGUCGCCAGCUAAGCUACAGAAACACAAGCGCGAAGCUCAUCGCCAAGCUGUUGCCGGCCAACCCGGGGCAGUGGCUCGUGAGCAUAGCACCUCGUUGGCGCUACGCAAUUCACAGGCUGGCCCCCACAGGUGCAAGCAGAUCAAUCCUUCGACGGGCAAGCCAUGCAACUCUAUUUUCUCACGGCCAUACGACUUGACUCGGCAUGAGGACACGAUACACAAUGCGCGCAAGCAGAAGGUGCGCUGCCAUCUUUGCACGGAAGAAAAGACCUUCUCGCGCAACGACGCGCUCACCCGUCACAUGCGCGUGGUGCAUCCUGAGGUCGACUGGCCGGGCAAGCAGCGACGCAAGGGCCGGGAUUGA